AUGACCCCUCCACCAGUCGAGAAGAAGGCGACACCGAUAGUGGUUCACCGCAUGACCAACUUCGAGCCGGCAAAACCUGCUUCUCCAGAGAAGAAAGCUUUGCCGGCGGUUGGCCGCCAGAUUCCGAAGACACAGCCUGCCAGCAGUCCUCCUGUUGAAGAGUAUGAGGAGAUUCAAGGAAGACCAUCUCAACCCAGCAGAAGUCAAGCAAGAAUGCAGAAUAUUGUGAAUUUGGUGAUGUGGAGAGACGUGUCAAAGUCUGCACUGGUGUUUGGAUUAGGGACGUUCUUGCUCAUCUCUUCCUCCUACGCCAAAGACCUAAAUUUCAACAUAAUCACGGCAGCGUCAUAUGCAGGCCUAAUCUACCUUGGUCUACGGUUCCUGCGGAAGUCCAUACUGAACAGGGGUGAAAAUGUGGAGUGUGACGAUGAAGGCAUUGGCGAGAGUUGCUACCUGGUUGGGGAGGAGGAGGCCAUCUGGCUGCUGAGGCUGGUGCUGCCAUACAUCAAUGAGGUGCUCCUGAAUCUGAGGUCUCUCUUCUCCGGUGAGCCUGCGACCACCAUGAAGCUGGCACUUCUACUGUUUGCGAUGGCCCGGUGUGGCAAUUUUGUCACCCUCUGGACACUGGCUAAACUGGUGUUCUUUGGGGUCUUCAUCAUCCCGAAGGUGUGCUCCUCUUACUCCACGCAGCUGGCACGAUACGGCAAGUUUUGGCUAGAGAGGUUGAGGGACGCCUGGGAGUCGUGCUCCCACAAGAAGGCUGUGGUGGCAGCCGUCUUCACCCUGGUCUGGAACGUCUCGUCCACGGUGGCGCGCAUCUGGGCGGUGUUCAUGCUGGUGGUGGCCAUGAAGUGCUAUCAGCAGCGCAUGGUGGAGUUCGGCUGGAGCAGCAGCACGGUGGAGGACGCACAGGAAUCAGCAGACGACGAAGCAAUUGGCGAGGAGCCGCUGGCGAAACAUAGGGCCCAGGACGAACCGCAGCAGGAGUUUGGGGCGCCGGUGGUGCCGCGACACAGGCGAGCGCCGGUCUCCGGCGAGUUCGCCAGGGAAAGGCUGAGGGCCAGGGGCGGCAUCCAGCCAAGGUGA